GAAAAACACAGUGAAACUAAGAGAAAUUAUUCUCUUAAAUUUCUCAAAUUUCACCAAGAAUGAGCACAGAAAAUUUUUUUUAUUUCUGAUAACAAUCCUUUAAUGUGAAGACCAAUUUUCUGUAAUCCAUUUUCACACAGAAUUAGAAACUCAACUUUUAUUUAUUUUAUUUGUAUUUAUUUGCUUACUACUUGUUGCUUGUUGUGAAGUUGUUGCCUUGUAUGAAGCAAUUUGUAACAUGGGUUUAGAAAAGUUCCCUAUAAAUAAUAAUAAUAAUAAUAAUAAUAAUAAUAAUUAUUAUUAUUAUUAUUAUUAUUAUUAUUAUUAUUAUUAUUAUUAAUAUUAAACCACUGUAAACAGAAGCAGAUCCUGAAAAACAAAAUAAGUUACAUCCCAUAAUUACAAGACAUUAUUUUAUGAAUUUAAAAGGCUUUAAUUGUAGUACUUUAAGUUUGAAAUUCAGAAUUAUAGAAAUAUAUUCUGCUCUUCCAGUGAAAAAUCAGCCUUAAACAGACUCAUACAGACUUCCAUUAUGCCAUUCCAUUUAGAGUAUGGGGGCGUGACGUAACGGCUCUAGCGCCGCGAUGGCUGAUGGGAAAAAUCGCCAUAUUGUGAGGCCACUUGUUCUGAAGCGCCGACAAAGUUUUAGUCAUGGGAAGAACCUGCUGUGUUGUUGGAUGUAAUGUCCGUUCACACGAUCGACGUGGGAGAAAAAUAGACAACGGUCUUUCUUUUUAUUGUUUUCCGGCCUGGAAACAAAAUGAAGGAAGUCAUGUGUCUGAUGUAACAAAGCGGAGACAGAUGGCCUGGAUAUCCGCCGUAAGACGUACGGACAUACAUUUCGCAGACAUCCCAAGAUCAUUUAAAGUGUGUUCCAGGCAUUUUCAUUCAGGUAAACCAGCAUAUGAGAUGGACGAGUCUCAUCCAGACCGGGCUCCAACCCCGCACCUGGGUCACUGUGAAGUCACAGCCACAGUGUCAGAUCGGCAUGGCCGCAGACAACAUAGACACCAUUUGAGAGAAUCUGAGGGAGGAGGCCAAAGUGAACAAAACAACAUGAAUGAAGAUGAGAGAGAUGGAGUCCUAGAACAUGCAGAAGCUGCAGAAGAAGAGGAAUAUGUGGAUCAAGCAGAGGCAGGAGCUGUGGAAGAGGAGGAAUAUAGUGAACAGACAGAAACAGACAAAUCAGCAGCUAAGAGACUUAGAGUAGAAUACCAGUUCUGUGAGCAAAGCAGUGCAGAACUAACCCGUGUUUUGCAGGAAAAUAGGGAGCUUAGGUCUGAGUUGAACAAGUUAAAGAUGGAUGAAGAAUUUUUCAGAGAUAAUACAGAGAAGGUACGAUAUUAUACAGGACUUCCAUGUUUUGCAAUUUUGUUGUCAAUGUUUGCUACAGUUAAGCCCUUCCUGCCAGUUUCAAAGAAGCUGUCACAAUUUCAUAAUGUGUCACGUAGAACUCUUUCCGCUACCAUUGCCGACACCAUCGAUGUGCUGUAUGCACGCCUUUCUCCCUUGUUGUACUGGCCUGAGAGACACUGUUUACAAGCCACAAUGCCACAUUAAUUUUUGGAAGCUUUUGGAAAGCGUGUUGCGAUUAUUGUCGACUGUUUUGAAAUACGUACAGAGAGGCCGUCAAAUUUAAUGGCGCGCGCACAAUCCUUUUCCCACUACAAAGGUACACACACAAUGAAAUACUUGAUCGGAAUUACACCCCAAGGCCUAAUUUCAUUUAUUUCAAAGGGAUGGGGGGGACGAGCAUCUGACAAGCACAUAACUGAGAAUUGUGGACUUCUUAACAAACUGUUGCCUGGCGAUUUAGUGUUAGCGGGCCGAGGCUUUGAUAUUAAAGACAGUGUGGGAAUGAUGUGCGCGGAAGUUAAAACUCCUGCAUUCACUAAAAGCAGAUGUCAACUCGAUGCUAAGGAUGUGGAAGACACGCGUGCUAUAGCACACCUUAGGAUACACGUAGAAAGGGUAAUAGGUAGCUUGUGCAAUAAAUACAAACUAUUACAUAACACGGUACCAAUUAGUUUGUUGCUUCCCAGUAAGGAUGAAGAAUUUACCCUUCUUGAUAAGAUUGUUAAUGUUUGCUGUAUUCUAGUUAACAUGUGUCCAAGUGUUGUUGUAAGGCCAGAUGAAACCGAAAAAUGUGCAUGCUGAAUGGUAAAAAGACCCCAAGCGAAAUGUUUGUUUUCUAUUUGGUGUGUGUGAAUGUGUGGUUCCCUCCUGAGAUUGAACAUGUUUGUAUUUUUUGUGGGGGUGUGUGUACCUGCCUUAGAAUGAACAUGGUAUGCUAUUUGUACAUGAAAUACUUCAGAUGACAAUUUGAUAAUUAAAAACUUAUAUUUUAAUAAA